AUGAUCCAAGGUGUUUCGAAGGGAGCACCCGAGCGAGCGUGGGGAAAGGGGGGGGCACCGCCAAACAAACCAGGCACUCACCGUUCUAGUGUCAUGCCCCGCGAAGUUGUGGCGGUCGCCGAAUGUGCUGCACUCUGGCACGUAUUGUGCGUGACCUUGGAGGCCGCCUUUGGAUCGUGGCGCACUGAGCCUUCUACAGCUGAACCCGAUAGCACCGAUACCCCGCGUUUCGGGGAGAUGGGGAGAUGUGCUGACGUGCUCCGCGAGGACCUUGCGGUUUCCGUCCGUCAAGCCCAAUCCACACGCAUGUACAAGGUUGCGAGCCGCCUGUCGACCCCAGUGUACUGGCGCUUCUCAGUGCACAUGGUGGUGGCUAUCGAGACUAUCCCGACCCGAAAACGCUGUCCCGACAGAUCGAACCUGCGAAGGAAGUUGCAGUCCAAGCCACCGCCACGACACGGCCGCUUGCACCGCAGCGCCGCCGACAACCACUUCUUGGGCCCCGGGGACUCUCUGCCAAGCACACACGCUGCGUUGAACCCAGCCACCGAGUCGCACUAUCAACCUAAUAGGGUGUGGCACACGCACUGCUUUGCGGAGAAAGGGGCAACGUUGAUAAGAACUGCUAGGGUGAAAGCUUGUUGUGCGGUUGUUGCCGAACCAACCGAGAGCAACUCGUCAGGUGGCGGAACGGGGUGGCGUGUGAGCUCGAGAAGGGCAGGUCGGUUGCACCGUAGACGGGGAAGUGGACGGGAAGGUGAGAAGGCAAGAACGGACUGGGGUACCAGCAGUUGGCCGCACUGGGGACUCGGCAGGUCGCUGCGUAAAGCUUAUGAGUUGGAGGCCAGUACCCCUGACCACCAGAGCUCUGUCAGCCACUUUGGACCGUCCACGUUCUUUGUCUGCAGGCAGCAAGGUGCGACUCACCAAAGUGACUGCCAAGCGUUUCCCUAA